CAAUUAAUGUCAAUUUCCUUGCUGUCAAUUUAUUCUUCCAAAAUCAAAAAGUAGAGAAAGUGAGAGUGUGAAGUAGCUAAAAUGAAAUACCUAGUGAAAUUGGCCAUUAUCUUUCAUACUCUUUGACAUUGGUGGAAUCAACCGCGCUUCACGGACACGACUAAAAGCUAUUGAACCAAUCGAUAAAUUGGAUAAUGUUUUUCUAAAAAUAACAUGAAUAAUUGAAUAUGAAGAAAUAAAAUUUACAAUUACCGUUUUUAUUUCUUAAUUUUUAUUGUUAAUAAUAAGUUAAAUAACAAGAAAUAAGGUACAUGAAAUUUUUCAAAAUGUUUGCUGCAGACCAUGCAUUACGAGUAAGAAUGUUGUAUAAAUUAAUUUUUCGUGUGCAUCGAGCCAUGCCUGCUGAACUCCGGAUAUUAGGUGAUAACUAUGCAAGAGAAGAAUUCAAGAGACAUAAAAAUUGCAACCCGCAAGAAGCUAGUAUUUUUCUUCAUGAAUGGACUAAUUAUGCAAUCAAGUUAGCAAAACAGACGAAGCCUUUGCAUCAGGCUAAAAAGAAAACUCUUGGAAAAUAUUUGGACCCAAAAAUCUUAGACUAUAUGACUGAUGAACAGUUAGUUCAGUUGUAUGAACUACAUAAGGCUACCUCGCUGCAGUCUGAUGAUCCCAAACAAAUCAACGUUACCAAUAAAAACAAUAAUGAUAGAUAGAAAAUGUUAUUUAGACAAAAAAAUAAUGUAAUUAAAUAAAUGUGGCGUUUGUAUUUGAUUCAUACAUACUAAAAUAAAAUGUUUUAGUUAUAAA